CCGCGGUGACGCCCGUGUCCCUGCUUUCUUCCUCUGGCUUCCCGGGGCUUGACCCCCGGGGCCCUCGGCAGGCGUCAUUGAAGAGCCUGCGGGGCGAACGUGUGCUUCCACACCCUCCCUCCACGACCCCAUAUCGCGACUCCGAGGAAGGGGAGCGAGAGGGGCUGUCGCGACUCCGCGCCGUGUGUCGCCGGGCGGCACCGCGGGGCCGGGGCUCCUCUAGCCCCCGGGAUGCGCGCGCGAGUCCUCGCCUCCACUUCCUUGCUGCCACUGCUACGACUGGAGCCGCCUCUCGCCGACAGCGCGGAGCGCGAGUGCGCCGGCCAGCCCCCUCGUCGAGCCCCCUGGCCGCGCGCCACCGGGAAUGUGAGCCGCGCGGCUUGCACGCUUCUCCAGCCAUGGAUGCAUCGUAUGAUGGUACUGAGGUAACUGUCGUGAUGGAGGAAAUUGAGGAAGCCUACUGUUAUACCUCCCCUGGGCCACCCAAGAAGAAGAAAAAGUACAAAAUACAUGGAGAAAAGGCCAAGAAACCCAGGUCCGCUUACCUUCUGUACUAUUACGACAUCUACCUGAAAGUGCAGCAGGAGCUGCCCCACCUCCCUCAGUCUGAGAUCAAUAAGAAGAUUAGUGAGAGCUGGAGGCUGCUCAGUGUGGCCGAGAGGAGUUACUACCUGGAGAAAGCCAAACUAGAGAAAGAAGGUCUGGAUCCUAACUCUAAGCUCUCUGGACUGACUGCUGUGGUUCCGGACAUCCCAGGUUUCCGCAAGAUCCUCCCUCGCUCAGAUUACAUCAUCAUCCCCAAGAGCAGCCUGCAGGAGGAGCGGAGCUGCCCUCAGCUAGAGCUGUGUGUGGCCCAGAACCAGAUGUCCUCCAAAGGACCAUCUCUUGUGUCCAACACUGCCCUGGAGACAGUGCCCGGCCAUGCAGGCAUGGCGGAACAAUGCCUGGCUGUGGAGGCCUUAGCUGAGGAUGUGGGAGCCCUUGCCCAGCCUGGUGCUGUACAGGAGAUCGCCACCUCAGAGAUCCUCGGCCAGGAUGUGCUCUUAAAUGAGGCUUCCCUGGAGGUAGGGGAGAGCCACCAACCUUAUCAGACGAGCCUGGUUAUUGAAGAGACCUUAGUGAACGGCUCAUCAGACCUUACCACUGGAAGCCUGGCUGUGCCCCACCCGCAGGUGGGGGAGAGUAUGUCUGUAGUAACAGUCAUGAGGGAUUCUGGUGAGAGUAGCUCCUCUGCGCCAGCCACACAGUUCAUUAUGUUGCCUCUUCCUGCCUACUCGGUUGUGGAGAACCCCACCUCCAUCAAACUGACUACUACAUACACACGGCGGGGCCAUGGGACAUGUACCAGCCCGGGCUGCUCCUUUACAUACGUCACCAGGCACAAGCCACCCAAGUGCCCCACCUGUGGUAACUUCCUCGGAGGGAAGUGGAUCCCAAAGGAAAAGCCAGCCAAAGUCAAAGUGGAAUUGACUUCUGGUGUCUCCUCCAAAGGCUCUGUGGUUAAAAGAAAUCAGCAGCCUGUCACCACUGAGCAAAAUUCCGCUAAGGAAAACGCUUCCAAACUGACUCUGGAGAACUCAGAAGCUGUAAGCCAGCUUCUCAGUGUAGCUCCUCCAAGAGAAGUGGGUGAGGAGAAUGAGUGGGAGGAAGUGAUCAUCUCAGAUGCCCAUGUUUUGGUCAAGGAAACUCCUGGGAAUCAUGGUACAGCAGUCAUUAAGACGCCAGUGGUCAAGCCUGAGGUCUCUCUGGGAGCAACUGAAAAUGACAGUCCUGGACUAGAUGUGCCACCGCCAGCCGAGGGGACCAGCACCUCCGGUUCACUCCCUGCUCCUAAAAAGCCUACAGGAGUUGACCUGCUCACUCCUAUGCCCAGAGCCUCAGAGCUUAAAGGCAGAGCACGGGGCAAGCCAUCAUUACUGGCUGCAGCAAGACCCAUGAGAGCAAUUCUUCCAGCCCCAGCUAAUGUGGGCCGAGGCAGCAGCAUGGGACUGCCCAGGGCCAGGCAGGCCUUCCCUCUGAGUGAUAAGACUCCCUCUGUGAGGACUUGUGGCCUGAAGCCAAGCACGCUGAAGCAGCUGGGCCAGCCCAUCCAGCAGCCAUCUAGCACUGGUGAGGUGAAGCUAUCAAAUGGCCAAACCAACAGGACAUCUCAGGUGAAAGUUGUGGAGGUCAAGCCCGAUAUGUUUCCUCCAUAUAAGUACAGCUGCACUGUCACACUGGAUUUGGGCCUGGCUACAUCACGAGGUCGGGGAAAGUGCAAGAAUCCCUCUUGUAGCUAUGUCUACACCAACCGGCACAAACCUCGGAUUUGUCCCAGCUGUGGUUUUAACCUUGCCAAAGACCGAACUGAGAAAACCACCAAGGUUCUCGAGGCAAGCUCACCACUCCCGGAUGUGUUAAGUGCCACAGAGCCCCUGAGCGCAGCCCAGAGGGAGAUCCAGCGCCAAUCAACACUGCAGCUGCUGCGCAAAGUCCUGCAGAUUCCCGAGAAUGAGUCAGAGCUGGCCGAGGUCUUCUCUUUGAUUCAUGAACUUAAUAGCUCUCGGCUCAUCCUGUCCAACGUGAGUGAGGAGACGGUCACCAUUGAGCAAACCUCUUGGUCAAAUUACUACGAGUCUCCAUCCACGCAGUGCCUUCUCUGUAGCAGCCCAUUAUUCAAAGGGGGACAAAACUCUCUGGCGGGGCCCCAGGAGUGCUGGCUGCUGACAGCCAGUUGGCUGCAGGUCGUGACUGCUCAGGUGAAGAUGUGUCUGAAUCCCCAUUGUCUGGCCCUGCACAGCUUCAUGGACAUCUAUACAGGUCUCUUUAAUGUGGGAAAUAAGCUGCUAGUGAGCCUGGACUUGCUUUUUGCAAUCCGAAACCAGAUCAAGCUGGGAGAGGACCCCAGAGUGUCCAUCAGCACUCUUCUGAAGUCAGUACAGGAGCAGACAGAGAAGACUCUUACCUCGGAGGAGCUGAGCCAGUUGCAGGAGCUGCUAUGCAAUGGCUACUGGGCUUUCGAGUGCCUCACUGUCCGAGACUACAAUGACAUGAUCUGUGGCAUCUGUGGAGUGGCCCCCAAAGUGGAAGUUGCGCAGAGGAGUGAGAACAAUGUGCUGGCACUAAAGAGUGUGGAAUUCACCUGGCCUGACUUCCUGGCAUCUAAUGAGGUCAACGUGGAGGACUUCUGGGCCACAAUGGAGACAGAGGUGAUUGAGCAGGUGGCCUUCCCCGCCAGCAUCCCCAUCACCAGGUUUGAUGCCUCCGUCAUUGCCCCCUUCUUCCCACCACUCAUGAGAGGAGCUGUGGUCGUCAACACCGAGAAAGACAAGAGCCUGGACGUGCAGCCAGUACCUGGCAACGGCAGUGCCUUGGUGCGGCUGCUCCAGGAGGGCGCGUGUAAGCUUGAGGAGAUUGGCUCCUACAGCGAGGAGGAGCUGCAGUGCCUGCUGAGGCAGUGUGACAUCCCCUUCAGGGCAGAAGACUCCAAGGAGCAGCUCUGCUUCUCUUUGUUGGCCCUCUACGAAUCUGUUCAGAAUGGAGCCAGAGCUCGACAGCCCCCACCUCAUCUCACAGGGGGCAAAGUCUACAAGGUGUGCCCCCACCAGGUGGUCUGCGGCUCCAAGUAUGUCGUGCGGGGUGAGAGCGCCCUUGACCACGUGGAUCUGCUCGUCUCUUCCCGCCAUUGGCCUCCUGUGUACGUGGUUGACAUGGCCACACCCGUGGCCCUGUGUGCUGACCUCUGCUACCCAGAGCUGACCAGCCAGAUGUGGGGGAGGAAUCAGGGCUGUUUCUCUAGCCCCACGGAGCCGCCAGUGAGUGUGUCCUGUCCAGAGCUCAUGGACCAGCAUUAUACAGUGGACAUGACAGAGGCUGAGCAUUCUGUCCAGCACCCAGUCACCAAGACUGCCACACGGCGCAUCGUCCACGCAGGCACACAGCCCAGCCCUGGCGACCCCAGCGCCGGACACCACUCCUUGGCCCUGUGUCCUGAGUUGGCACCUUAUGCAGCCAUCCUGGCCUCCUUUGCAGACAGCAAACCACACAGCGUCCGCCAGCGGCCCAUCGCCUUUGACAACGCCACCCACUAUUACCUCUACAACCGCCUCAUGGACUUCCUCACCAGCCGUGAGAUUGUCAACCGGCAGAUCCACGACAUUGUGCAGAGCUGCCAGCCUGGUGAGGUGGUCAUCCGUGACACCCUGUACCGCCUUGGGGUUGCUCAAAUCAAGACGGAGGCGGAGGAGGACGGGGAGGAAGAGGACAGGGCCACUGCCACAGAGUAAGCCGGGCACUUGCCCAGGGACUGCACGUCUCAAGCCAUAGCAAGACCCUUGCCCGAGGCACAUCCAUCCAGGGGACCAGCCUCUGAGGCUGGGACUGACCAAAGAGCUUCCAUUUCCUGAGCUCGGUGGAGCCCGGGGUCCUUGGUUCUCAGCCUUCCAGCGGUCAAGAGAGGCACCAGGACGCUCCUUACUAGACCCAGAGGCACCGUGGGUGGCACCAUGUGUCCACUAGAGAGAUGGGGAGGCUGAGAGAAGGCAGGGAGACUGCUGCUUCCCUGGGGCGCCUGCGGGUCGGGGUGGAGGCCCUGGCUGGGCCGAGGCUGCCCUUCCCGCCCGGGGAUGCCGUUUUUCUCCCCUGCAGCCUGUUGCCUUUGCCUCGGGGCCUUCCUUAGCUCUGAGGGCUCGUCAUUCUCCCAGAGGAGGCGUGCAUCUCUGUCCUGUUCUUCUGCACCCGCAUCUGGGGGCAGCUGAGCGGGUUGAAGGGGCGAGCCAGUGCUCCCUUCCAGGACUCUCCUCUGCCUCAACCUGUGAGGACCCCUCCUCUCCUGGCCACUGCUGCUGCAGCUUCCUUCCUCCCCCAAAGAGGAAGUGGCCCGUGAGCAUGGCAUGACCCGGCGGCAGUAGGAAAACUCCCUUCUGUGAAGGGGAAGCAGACUGGGUCGUAAGGAAGCAGCAGGACUGGCUCAAGUGCCCAUGGUUUGCUUAGGGCACGGGAACUGGCCGUGUUACUUAAUUUAUUGAGAGGGGAGUGGGAUAGAUGGCUUUUUCCCCCUCUCUCUUCCCUGACCAGAAUAAAGUUUAUUAAAUUAUA